AUGGCCGAACAUGAGGCGGUACGGGCUUCUUCGCCGCCCCCGCCGCCUCCUUCCUCUCUCUCGUCUUCAGACGCCUCUUCAUCAUCCCCACCCGGAAUUCCAGUGAGUCUGGGUUGGCAAAUUCCGAGGAGGAGCAGCGGCCGAACUGUGGACCCUCUGGAGGAAGUGGAGCUGCAGAUUGGAGACGCAGCAUUUUCAUUAACUCAACUUCUUGAGGCCACAUCUGCAGUAUCAGCUCAAGUGGAAGAGCUUGCCUUCAAAUGUACAGAAAAUGCACGUUUCCUUAAAACAUGGAGAGACCUCUUGAAAGAAGGCUAUGACUCUUUGAAACCUGACAACUGA